AUGCCCGCCAACUACCGCACAAAGCACCUCACCUUUGAGGUGGCCAAUUUCAAAACUUCCUACCAUGCCAUCUUUGGCAGGACCAUGCUGGCAAGGUUUAUGGUGAUCCCGCAUCACACCUACCUCAUCCUCAAGAUGCCAGCUCCAAACGGUGUCAUAUCCAUCUAUGGCGAUGUCGAGACAUCGUACAAGUGUGACACCGAGCUGGUACAACUAGAUAAAGCCCUGGAGUACUCAGUCCAAGGCACCGCCAUGGUCACCGAGGCGCAGAAGGUGGACAAGGACCUGCUCACAAUCCUAGAGACAGAGCUAAUGCCCAGAGCGCUACAGCCUGACCUCGAGGUCAAGAAGAUCUACCUCAGCCUGGAAGACCUAACCAAGACGACCCUUAUAGGGUCCGACCUGUUCGCCAAAUAG